GCUCACACACGCGCCGAACACACCAGUUCUCUAGAGCAGCACCGUUCGUCCAUUCGCCCACGCACGCCGCGUGAUCCGAUCGCGCGCGUAGGGCUCCAUCGAUCCGCUACCGCUACAAUGGCAAUGUCGUACACCACCCUCCACUACUUCGCCGUCUCCUGCGCCCUCCUCGUGGCAUCGGUGUCGUCGCUGCCGCCGCCGGCGGUGUUCCAAGUCGGCGACGAGCGCGGGUGGACGGUGCCGGCGAACGGCACCGAGACGUACAACCACUGGGCCAAGAGGAACCGGUUCCAGGUCGGCGACGUCCUGGACUUCAAGUACGGCGCCAACGACUCGGUGCUGCUGGUGGCGCACGACGACUACAAGCAGUGCAGCACGGAGACGCCGCUGGGCCGGUUCACCGGCGGCGACACCAAGUUCGCGCUGGACCGCUACGGCCCCGUCUACUUCGUCAGCGGCGUCGCAGGCCACUGCGAGGCGGGACAGCGGAUGAUCGUGCGGGUCAUCAGGCCCGGCGCCUCCGCACCGCGCGGCGCCCCUGUGGCGGCGCCGGCGACGCCGCCAACCGCGAGUGGCAGUGGCAGAUCAGGCGCGCCCAGCCCGGCCACCUCGCCGGCCGGCUCCGGCUCCGGUUCCAGUUCCACUUCUCCGAGCCCGAGCCCGAGCCCGAGCCCGCUGCCGCAGGCCAGCGGUGCGUCUAGGCGCGUGCUCGUGUCGUCCGUUGCAGUUGGGCUUGUGCUCUUGGUUGCCUGUGCCAUCACCCUGUCGUCCGUGGUGGCUUGAUUAAACUUAGAAGUCUGUUUUCUGCAUUCAUGUACUUAGUGCGCCGUCAGUUUAGGAAGUAAUGUUAGCUUGUCGAGAUCUAGGAGGUAUACGCGUGUCGGUUAGGAAUGGUUGGGCCACUGGGCCGAGUCCGCAUGCUCUUUAUGUUAAAGACUUGGUAAUUUCAAAUAAAUGGAGUUCUUGCCA